AUGCGCCUCCUGCAGACCUGCUCGCUCCUGGUCCAGACCUCGGUCCAGAUCCAGCCGGACUUCCUCCGCUCCGCAGCCUCUUGGUUCAGCACCGACGUGGUCCAGACCAACUUCAGCCACACAGGACGAGCGGAGAGGCCUGAUGAGUGGGGGGUCUCUGGCGGCAGCAGUGGGGACCUCUCUGGCUCCGGGGACCCUCGCCUCUCCGCAGACCCUCGCCUCUCCGCAGACCCUCGCCUCUCCGCAGACCCCCGCCUCUCCGCAGACCCUCGCCUCUCCGCAGAUCCUCGCCUCUCCGCAGACCCUCGGCUCUCGGGCUCCCCCUGGUGGCCAGCGCGGGUGCAGAUGGCGGUGGUGAACACAGUGGCCUUCAGAGGAGCGUGGCACAAACAGUUCAGCUUCGCGCACACUCAGAACCUGCCGUUCACGCUCAGCGACGGCAGCACCAUCAAAGUACCCACAAUGCACCAGGCCACGGACGUGCGCUUCGGUCAGUUCCGCACUGGUCUGACCCCAGACCAGCGGUACACGGUCCUGGAGCUGCCGUUCCUCGGUCGCUCCCUCAGUCUCCUGCUGGUCCUGCCCUCAGACCGGCGCACUCCUCUCUGGGCUCUGGAGGCUCAGCUCAGUCCUCGCCACCUCUGGUCCUGGGAGGCGGGGCUGAAGAGGAACCGCAUGGACAUCUACAUCCCCCGGUUUAAGAUGCAGAAUCGCUUCAACCUCAGGUCUGUUUUACCAUCGAUGGGAAUCAGCGACGCCUUCGACCCAGAGACGGCAGACUUCACCAGGAUCUCAGGUUCUGUCUUGUUCAUGGGGCGAGUGAUGAACCCAGUCGACCAAUCGUCUUGA